AUGGCAUCCGAUCUAGACCAGCUUAUUGAAAUGGGAUUUGACCCAGAUCGCUCCCAGAUCGCAGUCACAAAAUCAGGUGGUUUGCAGGGCGCAUUGCAGUGGCUCGAGGAUAACCAAGACAAGCCGUUGGAUGAAAUCAAGGCAGAGGCAGAGGCCCAAAGCGAGGACCCCGCACUUCAACCAGGUGAAGCGCCACGAAGCUUGGUCUGCAACGAAUGUGGCAAGAAAUUCCGAGGCCAGUCGCAGGCUGAAUUCCACGCCUCGAAGACAGAACACGUCGACUUCUCCGAGUCUACGGAGGAGAUUGCCCCGUUGACCGAGGAUCAGAAGAAGGAGAAGCUGGCAGAGCUGAGAGAGAAGCUUGCAGCGAAACGCGCAGGGCAGUCUGUGCAGGAUAAGGAAGACAAGAAGAGAAACGAAGAAAUCCGACGCAAGAGCACCAAAGAAAGCCAGGAUGCCAAGGAAGAUCUGCAACGGAAGCAGCAGAUGAGGGAGGCGGCUAAGAAGAAACAAGAAAAGCAAGACGAAAUCGAUGCGAAGAAGCGCAUCAAGGCCAAGAUCGAGGCGGAUAAGGAGGAGCGACGCCUCAAGGCCGAACAGCAGCGUGCCGAACGCGCCGGAGUUGCGCCGCCUCAGCCUGUUGCCCAGGCGCCGGCCCCAUCUAAACCUGCUUCAGCUUAUACCGAGUCUCGUUUGCGUUUCCAGUCGCCCAAGGGUAACAUCAUGAAGACCCUGCCCGUGGAGACCACCUUAUUUGAAGUUGCGGCUGCCCUGAAGGAACAGGACGGAGUUGAUGUCCAAAGCUUCGUUCAAAACUUCCCGAAAAAGGUCUUCGAUGCCGAGUUCUUCGGAGAGAGUCUGAAGGAGCUGGGACUCGUCCCCAGCGCCAGUCUCGUUAUCCAAUGA